CAGUUGGCCUGAUUCAUGAAAGGUAUCAUUCAGUUCACAAAGGCCUCUACCGCUGCCGGCAAGAGAUUGCCGAGAGCCCACUCCAGGCUCAUCCUUACCCGUUUCUUCCCUCUUCUAAAGCAAAUGGAAGAUAGUUAGUUACCCUUUCAGAGGGCAGAAGAAAAAGAAAAACACCACGAGUGACCCGAAAUCGGUACCAAUAUUUACGUGGGCGAGUCUGCAUUGAGUUAGGUCUCUUCCUCACUCCCUCCCUCCCAUUACUCUUUUGAUACAAUAGUAUCGAUCUUUUCCACGCACGAGGCCAUUCAUUCAUUAAUUAUCUGGUUACCUAGUUCCUAAGUUAACUACCUUAAUGGCACUCACUCACCUUUUCUUCUUCUCCUCCUUUUCUUUGAUGCGGCGCAUUUCCCUGACUUGAUUCUUGAUCCUUCCCCUGCUUUUCCUCCCGCGAUCCGAGCCUUUCAGCCUUAAGCGUCGCUUGUUCUGCUUUUAUUCCUUCGUCUUUUCUCGUCCUUUUUGCCACCAGCUGCCUUAUACUGCAAGUGGUCGCGUGCCUCUCUUAUGCGAAAACUCCUGACCUGACACUGGAUAUAUUUGCCGCUCCACCAAUUUGGCAAUCAUGAAAUUCGGUCACGAUUUCAAAGAAACUCUACGAGCUCAAGACUUCCCUGCUCACUGGGUAGAUCAUGCUAUUCCCUAUAGCCAGCUCAAGAAAUGUCUCAAGAAAGUUGCGCGGGAGCUGCAUGAGCUUGGACUUGAUCCUGAGACGUUGCGCGAGCUCCUCAACCCCGACGAGGCGUCUCCUGUGGCCUUGAAGUAUAAACUCAACGGUGGUGCCGACUCUCACCUCCGCCCAAAACUCAUCGUACAGGUCCAUCUUCAGGAUGGUGUCCCCGUCGAUGCCUCGCUUGCGCCCAAUACGCGCGACUUUCUCAACAAGAUCGCAAUCAACCUCCCCCAGAACCAACCAGCGCAAGUCGAGUCUGCCACUAAAUCGCCAGAAUCAGACUCUGUGAAGGACGACGCAAAAGCCGAAGCCGUCGUCGAGACCACCUCUGAACCCUCCACCGAAACCGUUGAUGCGCUCGUUGACGAAGCCAACGACAAGCUUGCCAUUGCUGUCGCCGACGAAACGACUGUUAAAAUUACCGAGAAGCCAGCAAGCGACUCCAAGCAAACAGAACACAUCGCUGAGCCUACAAACGAUGGCUCGACCGAAGCCGCGGCGACCUCACCUGCUACUGGUGGGACCGAAGGAACGUACGAAAUCAUUGAGGUUCCCCUGACUUUCGAUGCUGAGUUCUUCGAGAUGCUUCAGAGCGAUGUCAACAACCUUGAUGCUCUACAAAUGGAGGAAGAGAAAACCAUGACCUCGGAAAUUGUAGCGCUUGGGAAAGAAGUUGAACAGGUCGUAAAGCCGAAACGAUUCUCAAAGACAGAUCUUGCACGAUGGCGACAGAUUUUCGAGCUGUACCUGGAUGCUGAGAUCUUCUUCGCUACCCACGAACAAGACCAUGGAGAACGCUCAAGUCAAGUCGCUCUGAGGCAGCUGCAAUGGUUCCAGGAUCAGGUCGCUCAGCAGAAUCUCGUCAAAGAUUUCAAGCUUCCCGAGAGCACGGCAGCUUUCAACCGCUUCAUCAACUUGAAUGCGUCCCUCCUAAAGAACAUGCAGUUCCAGGAGCUUAACAAAACUGCCGUUGCCAAAAUUCUCAAGAAAUUUGACAAACGAACAGCGCUGGGAGUUGCUAGAAAAUUCCCUACCGUUGUUCACUCAGACAAGCUCUUAGCAGGCACCAUUGCACGAGAUGUCUGCGCACAAAUGUCGCAAGAGCUCGUAUCCAAAGUUCCCCAGCUCAACGACUAUCUUUGCCCAGUCUGUUUCUCAGUAGCUUACUUGCCCGUCCGUCUCGACUGCCAGCACGUAUUCUGUAUCCGUUGUGUCAUCAAGAUUCAGCGACGAAAGGAGAAGCAUUGCCCAUUGUGCAGAGCGGAUGUGGUCCUCAAGGCUUCUGCGAUGAAUCUUGACUACGAACUACAAAAGUACAUGAAGAAAUAUUUUGCAAAGGAGGUCAAAGAGAAAGCGCGCGCGAACGAGAUUGAGCGUGGUAUCGAGGACUACGGGCCUGGUUAUGUCCACCAGGAAUGCUGCAUAAUGUGAGCUCAAUGGGCUCAGACAUGGACACGACUAUUUUUAUCAUCAUCAUCACGACAUACUUGAGCGAAUUGGAUUGGCAUAGACUUUUGCAUUAGAAAGAACCACGAUACCUGUGAGUUCUAUGUCAUCUGUCUAUCAGUAAAGGGUGCACAGUCAACUAACAUCACUCUUUAGAUUAUUACGACGGAUGACUACAUUGGGUACGGAGCGUAAUGACAUGAACUUUAUAGAACGAAGAUAGACGAUUAUGUGCAAGGGAAAAUAGCAUUUUUACUUGCUUUUUAUCAUCAGCUCGUAACCGACACAGCCUCAGCCGCCUUCAAGGCAUUUGUAAAAGUGUCUUGAAGUUCAGUGGUCUCCUCUAAACCGACGCUCACGCGAACAAGAUAGGGAUCAACACCAAACUGCUCAGCCCAAUCCAGUUCCUGGUAGUGGGCAAGGAGAACAUACGGUGAAGCCAAGGUGAAAUUUGUUCCCAGACUUGGUCCCUUUGCAAGAGGCAAUGCGUCAAAGAAGGCCUGAGCAUGCUCCUUUUGCUGAAAUACAACGGAAAGUAGACCGCCGUAUCCGCCAUCCGGUAGACGGACCUUUUCGUAGUGAGACUUGGAGUCAUUGUACUUGGGGUAGUAAAUGCUCUUAACAAGGGGGUGUGUUCGUAGCACUUCGCAGAUGGCAUCCGAAUUCGCGUUGAUGCGGACUACUCGAGACUCAAAGUCGCGACUGUUCCUCUCCAUGAAGAUGACAUCCUCGGGCCAGUAGUUGUCUUCGUAUAUUUCGUUCAUGGUGGCCUUGAGUGUGCGGUAAUUCUUACUAUCAGGGUUGAGAACAAGCCCUCCACCCAUGACAUUAGAGUCGCCCGAGAAGAUCUUGGUGAGACUGCUGACGACUACGUCUGCAACAGGGAGGACGUUGAUGUUGGCAAAUGUGCCAAUUGUCUCGUCGACAACGACUGCGAAGUCGUAUUCAUCUGCCAGUUUGCGGAUGCGAGUGAGGUCAGGACAUGUCAGCAGAGGGUUUCCAGGGAACUCGCAGAAGAGGCCGAGGAACCGCUCGCCGUUCUUGAGUCGAGCCUCGAGAUCAUCGAGGUCUUCUGCAGAGGCGUGUCCGUAGAAGAGACAUCCAGGGCCAAACUUCUGCAGAAUCUUGAGUGUGUCCACGUAAGGGAAACCAAAGUUGAUACUCUGCGCUGGCUCUCUUGCAUGAAGGAGCGCACGGUGGGCAUUAAAAAUGGCGUUCAUGCCGGCAGGGUAAAGGUAGACGUCGUUCUCCUCAAGGUUGGGCAUGCCGCGAGUGUUGGAUGUCAUGGCAGGUAGAGGGCCAUUGUUCAGAUCGACGUCAUGAGCCAUGGCUCCAGCGAUACGUCUACGGAUAGCAGACUUGGCACGCUCAACCAUGGACAAGUCGAGGUUUCUACCGAAGCGCUCUUCAAGGAAACGUGAGCUCUCGAGAGACUCAACAGGAGUCUCGGGCGAAGGUUGCUUGGGUGUCGAAGGGGCCGGAGAAGAGACACCAUCGAUUGAGCCUGGGCGAGUAUAGCGCCUUGGGCCGCGGAAAGGUCUGCCUUGCGAGGCUUCAGGAGGAGUCCGUGACCGAGCAGCUGGGAUGAGGAGGUCAUCUCUGAACAGGCCGUGGCAGAACUCAGCACGUCUACUGGACGUACCCUCGCCAGUGUGCUGCCAGUACUGCUUGGCGAUAGGAAAUACCUCAGAGGGGUAAACCACAGCUGAGAUGGUGGACGUGAGCUUCUUGAGCACAGGCGAGAGCUCCUUUGACUUGUCCAGAGUAAAGUCAAUGAUGCGGACCUGACUCGCCAGCUCAGGAGAGAUUCGCUGGAGGAUGAAGUCUUGACAGCGGCUUGCCACUCGCGGUGUAGGGAAGAGCAUGGCCUGUUGACCAGGACUGCCAUAGCGAUCAACAAUGUCUUUGGCGAAAGCCUGGAUACCUUUAUGGACAAAGAAUCUAUGGGAGUUUCAUGUAAGUGAGGAUACUUUCGUAUAGCACGGCAGUUGAUAUGGCUAAGCUCACCGAGGGUAGCCCGUCGUCAUACGGUUCACAACCCAGUCCUCGCCCUCUUCGUAUCCGACAUUUGCUUUCCAUGUUGGCAAAGAGACACUGACGGCCUAAAGACAUUGAAUUAGUAACAAAGUUCCAUGCUAUCAUAGAUACGCACUCAAUUGUUUUGGUCUUGACUCACAUGUGCCGUGUCGGGAGGAAUGGACUCGCCCAAGCCAAUCUCUGGCAUUAUCGUGUUUAGGAUGAAGAGAGAACAAGGUGAUGAUGAAUAUAUUUCGGUCGGUAGGUAUAUUUGAAGCCGAUAUGUACCGAAUAAUAUGUAUGUAGCAAGUUUAUACAGAAAGUAUAUAACUAUGAGACAAC